AUGAAAUGCACUGAGUGUGGUUCCUCCACCCACUCAUUCAGGGACUGUAAAAGUCAGGUUAAGAAAUGUCUUACCUGUGGGGGUGCCCACAGGACAUUUGCCAAUAGCUGCCCCAAGAGAAAGGAGGCAAUGAAGACUUCACAGGAGAAGUCUAAGGAAAAAGAAAAAGAGGAGACCAGACCUAUCAGGGCUGUGGCCCAAAAGGCAGCACAGGAAACUGUGCAGGCUACCACCAACGCCUGGAAGCCCUUAAUAAAUCAGGUCCGUCAAGACAUUAAGCAAAAAAACCCAGAUUCUGUAAUCCACCUUGCCCUCCCUGAUAAUCUGUCUAGAGAGAUACUCGUGGUCCUCCUCCACGCCCACUUUCAGAACCUUAUUGCCCCUGAGAAAGGGUUUAGAUACCACGCCAAGGCAGCUUUGGCAAACAACAAUCUCCCUGAUCUCGAUCUCGGAGAUUCAAACUCCUGGGGAAUCCUCAAAGUAAUUGAGCCCCCAACCAUGACUGUCCAGGCCCCUCCUGAAGCCCAGCCCCAGAGACCACAAACUGUACGAGUUCAGGUACAGGAGCCUCAGCUUGCCCAGACGUCAGAGCCUCAGCCUGCUGAGGCCCAGACAGUUGCACCCCAGUCAUCUCCCCAGGAGUCAACACCAACACCCGCACCCCCCACCACAGACCCCUCCCCUGGUCCAUCUGUGAGGCCAAAAUUCAUACACAUCCCCACAGAGGCUGAAGCCAGGGAUAUCCGCAGUGAUACCCCUCUCGACACACCUGGUCCCCCACCACCCACCCCUGACCAAACCGAACCAGGUUAUAGCCAUGUUGGUGAUGAGGGGAUGGAACGCCUCAUGGAUGGGACUGCCACAGACCCUACGUAUUAUGGCAUCCGCCUCUUUACAGUAAAUACAACUAAGUACGAGUACUCUGAUCGCUAUGAAAUAGGCCAAGAAAUUUGCAAUAAGCGAAUAAAGUGGUUACUGACGAAAGAGGAGCAUGCAAUCAUGGUCACGAUCAAGAAACUACACUAUCACAUAAAGUGGGAAACUUACAGGUCACCAACGACAUGA